AAGGGGCGCUGUCACUUUGCCCCAGCUCUCGCUCCGGCUGCGCCCACGUCACCCCUCCGCCGAAACGGGAGCCCUACGGCGGCGCCCCCAAAUUCCAACCCUCCUCUGAACCCUACCUCCUCCCCUCCCCACGACCCCACCCCAAUCCACCCCACGCCAUGGCCCUUUCCCGCCGCCUCCUCCCGCUCUUCCUCCGCGGCGGCGCCCCCGCCGUCCGCGCCUUCUCCACGGCUGCCGCGCCCGCGGCGGCGACGGCCUCGGAGGAGGAAGAAUCCAUCACCGUGAAGGGCGUGCGCAUCUCGGGCCGCCCGCUGUACAUGGACAUGCAGGCGACGACCCCCGUGGACCCGCGGGUGCUCGACGCCAUGCUCCCCUUCUACCUCUCCCGCUACGGGAACCCGCACUCCCGCACGCACCUCUACGGCUGGGAAUCCGACGCCGCCGUCGAGGCCGCGCGCGCCCAAGUCGCCUCCCUCGUCGGCGCCGACCCGCGCGAGAUCUUCUUCACCUCGGGCGCCACCGAGUGCAACAACAUCGCCGUCAAGGGCGUCAUGCGCUUCUACCGCGACCGCCGCCGCCACGUCAUCACCACGCAGACCGAGCACAAGUGCGUGCUCGACUCCUGCCGCUACCUGCAGCAGGAGGGGUUCGAGGUCACCUACCUACCAGUGCGCAGCGACGGGCUCGUCGACCUCGCGCAGCUCGAGGAUGCCAUCCGCCCCGACACCGGCCUCGUCUCCGUCAUGGCCGUCAACAACGAGAUCGGCGUCGUGCAGCCGCUCGAGGAGAUUGGGCGCAUCUGCAAAGAGAAAGGCGUGCCGUUCCACACUGACGCUGCGCAGGCGCUGGGGAAGAUCCCGAUUGAUGUGAACAGGAUGGGGAUUGGGCUCAUGUCCCUCUCCGGGCACAAGAUUUAUGGCCCCAAGGGCGUGGGGGCGCUCUACCUUCGCCGGCGUCCGCGUAUCAGGGUGGAGCCGCAGAUGAGUGGUGGUGGGCAGGAGCGUGGCAUCCGCAGUGGCACGGUGCCCACACCGCUUGUUGUUGGAUUUGGUGCUGCCUGUGAGAUUGCGGCUCAAGAGAUGGAUUAUGACCAUAGGCGAGUCAGUGCUCUGCAGCAGAGGCUGCUCGAUGGCAUCUGUGCGCAGGUCGAUGAGGUUGUCAUCAAUGGAAGCAUGGAACACCGUUACCCAGGCAACCUGAACUUGUCAUUUGCAUAUGUGGAGGGAGAGAGCUUGCUGAUGGGGCUGAAAGAGGUGGCUGUGUCUAGCGGUAGUGCCUGCACUAGUGCCAGCUUGGAGCCCUCAUAUGUGCUGCGAGCGCUUGGGGUGGAGGAGGACAUGGCACAUACCUCUAUUCGCUUUGGCAUUGGCCGCUUUACCACCGAGGAAGAGGUUGAUAGAGCAAUUGAGCUCACUGUGCGUCAGGUGAAGAAACUCCGUGACAUGAGCCCACUGUAUGAGAUGGCCAAGGCUGGCAUUGACCUCAAGAGCAUCGAGUGGUCUCAGCACUGAGGCAGUUUGCAUGACAAUCAGUCGCUCAUAAGUUCUCUAGAUGUACACGGAACACAUACCUUACUAGGCCUCUUAGUUGCCUGCGCUUUGUUAUAUCCUGUUUUCUUUCAAAAGAGAAGCUGCCAUGGUUGCCUUGGACUCAUGGUUCCAUCACCAGGCUUUGUCUACAACUGGUGAAGACAUUCCUGCAGGUGCAAUCAUCUCGUAGAUCUGUUAUACAGGAAUGGAUUCUUCAGCUGUCGGAAGGCUGAGAUGUAUAUGUAUUCCAGAGGUUUAGCUGUGCCUUUUUUUAAGGUAGAGUGUGUUGACAAAAAUAAGGAUACUUUAAAUACUUGGUGUUGUCUGAAAUACAAGUUCAAGUAGCAGUGUCAAUGCUGUGAAUAUAUUUUGGUCUGAUAUAAAUGCUGCUAUUUGCUUCUGGCAGAUAAAAUUACCUCAAUUCGGAUGUCA